GAGAAAGUGAAGAAGAUGAUGGAGAUGGUGAAUGUAAGCCAACGCAAGACGAAAAGGCAGAGCGAGAAGAUGUCUCUGGAAGACUACCUCUUUCUCACUGAGUCUCGCUCCAACCUCCACCUCACCGUCACUCACCUCAAUCAGAUCAUCAGCAUGCACGGAUUCAAAAAACUUCACAGACUUCACAAGAAAAUUCUGAGCGACGCCGUGAGCACAAUGGACCUGGUGGAACCGAGCCGCUCUACGCUCCGGGACUACAUCUCGCCGCCGGUCAACACUUGUCUGAACGACGUCGUCGCGGACAUGAACAACCUGAGCUGGCAGGAGUGCUGCGUCACCGCCAUCAAAACGCUGAGCUCGUGUCAACUAAACGACGCCGUCGAGUGCUCGAAGAGCCACCAAUCGCCUCCCACGGCUCUGGAUUCCCACGGCGGCGGCGUUUCCGGUACUACAUUUCAGGGAAGGGCUGAGCCGUUGAGGAAACUGGUGCAGUGGAAGAAGAGACGGACUCAGGAGAGCGCUGAUCCGGUGGUGAAGAGGCAGAGGAUGAGAUCGGAAAGCGACGGUGGUGGUGGCGCCGCCGCUCUUGCUUGGGAUUGUGUCUCGUUGAAUUCUUUCAGUUGAUUUCCUGCAAACAGAGAAAGCAUUUACAGUCGUUUUGGAUGGAGUUUGGUAACGCAGCAUCUCAAAGUUGUUGGUUAGUGGUAGAUCUGUGAAAUUCGUAAAAACUAAGGGUUGUUUCUGUUAUUUAGUUCAUAGUUUCAUACACUGGCAGGGAGCCUUUUGGUAUCUGUUGAGAUAAUCUGAGAGCUCGAUCAACAGAAAUUUUCUGGAUUGCAAAUUACACUUUCAUCACUAAUUGAUGAUAUUAGUGGUAGUAUUGUUUGA